AUGCCGUUUGAUGAUGCGAGUCAGCAGCGAUGGAGUUAUCUAUUGCUCAGUCUUGUGUGGUGGACAGGGCAAUUUGUAGCAGGGCUUGAGUUGGGUGAAAGCUGUGUAAAUCCUGCAGGAGAAUCGGGCAAGUGUAUUCUCUUCCGAGACUGUCAACCACUCGUCAACAUCUACAAUAAACCCAUUAACACGCCACAAGAUACAGAGUUCCUCACGCAAAGCCGGUGUGGUAUGCUAAAACGAAACACAUUGAUGUGUUGUGCUGCAUCCAGCCUGAGUGCUUUGCUACCAACAUUUCCACAUUGCGGCAUGCAAAUGUCCGAUCGUGUAAUUGGUGGUAAGGAUACGAAGAUAAAUGAGUUUCCAUGGACGGCAUUGAUCGAGUUUCGGAAACUGGACGGAAGCUUUGGAUUCGGCUGUGGAGGAUCACUUAUCAACGAGAGGUAUAUUGUUACUGCUGCUCAUUGCAUUGAACGGAUUCCUGCUGGUUGGAAGGUCCAUCGUGUACGCCUUGGCGAGUGGGAUUUGUCAACGGCUAAUGAUUGUCAGGAUGGCUUUUGCUCCAAAGCGCCGAUCGAUCUGGAGAUUGAGAAGAUUGUUGUUCACAGCAACUAUGACCCGGAGGAUCAUAGCUAUAAAAACGAUAUAGCGUUGAUUCGUUUCACCCGAUCUGUUCAGUACUCUGAAACAGUACGACCUAUUUGUCUACAGUUGAGUGCAUCGGUCCGUUAUCUUGAUCAUGUAGGAUUUUCAAGUUAUGCUGCCGGUUGGGGUGAAACCAAAAUUGCUAUUGCAAGCCAAGUGAAGCUGAUGGUCGAGUUGAACGUCACGAGCUGGCAAGAGUGUGCAUCAUUUUAUGAAGAAAAUAGAAUUUUGUUAAACACGAAGCAAAUGUGUGCCGGUGGUGUGUAUGGCAAGGACACAUGUAGCGGUGAUUCGGGCGGUCCUCUGAUGCGUCAGAUUGCUGGUGCAUGGUAUCUGAUUGGUGUGAUCAGCUUUGGAUCAGGAUGGUGCGGCGUACCUGAUGAACCAGGGGUAUAUACGAACGUGGCAGAAUAUGUUGAUUGGAUACGGAACAAUGUGUACUAG